UACGAUGUGGACGACGAUCUCUGGACCCCAAUUGCUCCAAUGCACUAUCCUCGGAUUGGACUCGGUGUUGCUGUUGUAAAUAGACUGUUGUACGCAGUGGGAGGAUUUGAUGGUGAGCGUCGUCUGUCGAGUGUGGAACGGUACGACCCGGAAGCGGAUGCGUGGUCGGAAGUGGCGCCACUGAAUCGGCCCCGAUCUGGAGCUGGUGAGUUGACAGAGCUAUGGUUGUGGUGGUUGUGUUGA